AUGCAACUAGCAAAAACGUCACAAGGUCGAUUUAUGUUUAAUGUUGAUGAAUGGUUAACAACAAGCCAAGUACGAAGUUACUUUAGUCGAAUGAGAUUAACUGCCAUGAAAAAAAUCGAUCAGCUGUCGUCAUUUGGCGCUACACAACAUACAACCAUCGUCGAUAAUGAUAAUGAAGAACAACAAGAGUCUGAUGAAGAGGCUAAUGCCGAAGAAUCAUUCAAAGAUGAUGUUGCAUUACAGGAAGCUAUUGAACGAAUUACAUUGACGAGAGAAACUAACCAAAUACCAGAAAGAUCAGCUAAGGAAAAAAGUCCAUUAUCGUCAAUUCAAAAUGAAAUUACUACACCUAAGCGAUCUACUACACCACAAAACAGAAAAGAUUAA